AUGAAUUUAAAUCAAAUGCAGCUGUCAAGAGCUGCAAAUCCGUGUGAGAAAUAUAAUUGGUUACGAAACACCGGUUACAGAAGAUCAAAUUGUUCAUCUAAACCUAACAGAGACAUUUGUGACAAGUUAAUGAAACCACAAUGGGUUAGACCAGUAGGAGAUGUUGAAAUUGUAAAUCAACAAGUAAAUGUUUACCAAUGUGCAACAACGUAUCCAAUAUGGAUGAGAGGGCAUUUGCCAAUGACCAAAGAUACAAUAAACGCAACAGUGUGUCUCAACAAAGGCAGAAUGCAAUACCAUGGCGGAUGUGAUGAUCAAAUGAUUAUACAAGUUAAAAACUGCACAGGAUAUUACGUUUACUAUAUCCAACCACCAGAAGUGUGCAACGCUGCGUAUUGUUUUGGCUAUGGGGAGUGUCCAUCAUUUGAGCCAUGUGAUUUUUACUACCAUGAAGAACUAGUGAAUUUUGACAUGCAAACCUAUUGCGAUUUAUCAUCCGGAUGGUACAAGCUAACAAGCCAAAAGCAGCUACCAACAACAUGCAAUGAGCCGUCUGCAUCAAAUCUAUGGAUAAAUGUUAAUGGCACAUCUCCAGAAAACGGCGAAAUUAUUGAAGCAAAGCUUUGUUAUAAAUAUGGUUCAUCAUGUUGUGACCGGUAUGCUGAUUUACAAAUGAAGAACUGCUCUGGAUCUUUAGUAUUGAACAUCACGUCUAAGCCAUCGUGCCUUUGUGGUGGAACAUGCUAUAGUACGUUAAGUUAUCAGUAUAUGUUACAGGGGUAUACAUAA